UCUCGUCGUUCGAAACAGCUUGUAUAAAUCGUGCAUGCAUUGCGUAUUCUUAAUUUGUUCGCACUUUAUAUUAUUCACUUAUUUUAUUGGUUCGGUGAUUUCCUUUUCAAGUGAGUGGUGAGAUGGAUUCACAACAGUUUCGGGAGUUUGGUAGAGAGGCGAUUGAUUUUUUGGCCAAUUAUUAUGACACUAUAAGGGACAGGGAUGUUUUACCAUCUGUACAGCCAGGAGAUAUCAUCAAGAAAUUACCAAAAGAUGCACCCGAGCAGCCAGAACCGUGGCAACAAAUAUUUCAAGACUUCAAGGAUGUUGUCAUUCCUGGAAUAACAAACUGGAAUUCACCACAAUUUCACGCAUACUACCCCGCUGGAUACUCGUUACCCAGUGUAAUAGGCGGUCUCCUUGGCGACGGUCUUGGUGUUUUGGGAUUGACUUGGAUAGCAAGUCCAGCAUGCACAGAGUUGGAAGUGGUGGCAAUGGACUGGCUGGCAAAACUCUUAGGUCUGCCUGACGAGUUCUUAAAUAGCCAUUCUGGACCCGGCGGUGGAGUUUUACAAGGUUCUGCUAGCGAAGCUAUGCUUGUCGGUCUUCUUGCAGCUAAAGAUAAAAUGGUUCGUAGACUAAAAAAACAAGAUCCAGAUUUAGACGAAGAUCUUGCUAAAACCAAAUUUGUAGCAUAUACAUCAGAUCACUGCAACUCCGCAGUGGAAAAGGCAGGUGUCCUAGGUUCAAUGAAGAUGAGGCUUUUAGAAUCAGACAUUAAUGGAAGGCUACGUGGAAAAACUCUGAAGAAAGCAAUGGAAGAAGAUAAAGCUCUAGGACUUAUUCCAUGUUAUGUUGUCUGCAAUCUAGGUACCACAGGAUUAUGUUCAUUCGAUGCAAUGGAUGAAAUAGGUCCCAUUUGCAGAGAAAACAAUGUCUGGCUACAUGUUGACGCUGCUUAUGCUGGGUCAGCUUUGAUUUGCCAAGAAUACAGACAUUUGUUGAACGGCAUAGAAUAUGCUGACUCCUUCGAUGUUAACGCCCAUAAAUGGUUCCUGGUGAAUUUCGAUUGCUCAGCCAUGUGGGUUAGGGAUAGUUAUGAUCUUAUCAACGCGUUCGACGUGCAAAGAGUUUAUCUAGAAGACGUGGACUCUGAAAUAAAAAUACCGGAUUAUCGACAUUGGCAAAUGCCACUUGGCCGUAGAUUCAGAGCUUUAAAAUUAUGGUUUGUAAUGAAAAGUUAUGGAGCUGAAGGCAUAAGAAGUUAUAUAAGAAGACAUAUAAGUUUAGCACAAUAUUUUGCCAAAUUGAUGAAAGCUGAUAAUAGAUUCAUUAUUGAACCGGAACCAUCGAUGGGUUUAGUUUGCUUCAGACUAGUUCAAGGUGAUCUACUUACGAAAAAGCUGCUUGAGAAUAUAACCAAGAAAAAGAAACUAUUCAUGGUGCGUGGAUCUUUUAGGAACCAAUAUAUCAUCCGUAUUGUGAUUUGUUCUCAAUUAACUAACAUUGAAGAUGUAGAGUUAAGUUGGAAUAAAAUUAAAAACGAAGCGAAUACCUUAUUAGAAAAUGACGCGGUUCAUAUCAAAUCGCAAACAAUUACAACGAUACAUGGUAUGGAAAAUAUCUGUGUAACAGAAAAAUCUAAAUAAAUAAUCCCAAAAUUUGAAAAAGUGCGUUAUAAUUAACUUUAGAUUACUGUGCAAUAUUUUAAUGUUUGGCUUACUGCAUAUUUGUUUGUUGGUUUUUGAUUGUUUUAUUUGCGUAAAUGUAGUGGGCUUGUCUCUUAAAAUCUGCUUGCUCAAUACAAAUAUUACUACAACGUACAUAGGUAUUUAUGCAAACACGAAUCUACCUUGAAAUAUUGUACUAAAAUUUCACUCGUAAUUGUGCGAGACUGGGUGUGACUGCGAAGUUAUCACACUCACCCUGGUGUAGCCCACAAUUGUGUUAGCCGUAUAAUUAUUUAAAUUUUCACUCUUAUAGUGUUUCAAUAUCUUUGGUGAGCAACGCGUGACCGUGUGCUUUUUCUGUCCCCUCCGGGGUAGAAGUGGAGACUGAUCACAUGCACCAAGUACUCGGGUCAACUUUAUUAGCGAGACGUAUUCGCUUUGCCUGGGGUAUUCAUUUCUAUUUCUGUACGUUUUUCACCAUGUAACCGUUAUUAAAAAUCAAACUACAUUGUGAUUA